AUGCACUUUCCACCUCAAGGCCUAGUGUAUUCAAUAUACUACACUACCCUUGCUGUUGUCGCUGUACCAGCUAAUUUAGUGGCGAUUGUGAUCCUGUCCCGCGGGAAGUGUGGCCUCUCUAAAUGCAUCACUCGCUACUUGGUCUCCAUGGCAGUGACCGAUUUGCUCCUCAUUAUUACCGCUGUGAUUAUCAACCGCAUUUGUGGCAUUUAUUUCCCAGGAAGUUUCCUCUCCAUCACCCCAGUGUGUAGUGUCAUCGUCGCACUAACCUAUGCAGCCAGGGUCAGUUCUGUUUGGUUAACUGUCGCUUUCACCUUUGACCGUUUCGUAGUUAUUUGUUGCCAGAAGCUGAAGUCGAAGUACUGUACCAACAAAACAGCAGCUGUGGUCAUAGGAACUGUCUGUGGACUCAGUUGUUUUAUUAAUAUUCCAUGGUACUUCAUUCAUGAACCCAGCUAUAUAAUUAACAAUGUACCAUGGUAUUGCAAACUGAAGGAUAUCCGUUUUACUUCUCCAUUGUGGGGUGCUUAUGAUUGGUUCGACCACCUUUUAACCCCUUGCUUCCCAUUCCUUUUAAUUCUUCUGCUCAACGUUCUCACCGUCAGACACAUUUUAGAAGCUAGCAGAGCCCGGAAGAGACUCCUGGUCCAGAAAAGUGGAAACAAUCAUAGUGACGCUGAGACGGAGAGCAGGAGGAAAUCUAUCAUUUUACUCUUCGCCGUCUCAGGCAGUUUUAUACUGUUGUGGAUGACGUAUCUUUUACAGUUCUUAUAUGAGAGAAUUUCUAAUGACUAUAAAGUCAACGGUUACAGUGAUCCAAAGUUUAUUUUUAUCGAAACGGCCAACAUGCUCCAACUGUUAAGUUGCUGCACAAACACAUUUAUCUAUGCAGUCACUCAGAGCAAAUUCAGGGAGCAGUUAAGAAGCACAGCACAAUAUCCAGUAAACUUAAUAGCGAAAUGUAUGAAAUAA